UUAAAAUAUAAUAAUAGUAUCGAUUUAUCAUGUAAUGUACAGUGUGAUAAAAAAAAUAAUAUAUCGCAAUUUUGUUAUCAAGAAAUGAAUCAAGAAAUUGAAAUUUUCACUCAAAAAAGAAUUAAUCCUUCCGUGUUUGCAUCUUAUCAAAGUCUUGACAGAUACUUUAAUACACAAUCGUGUACACAACAGAAUACAACUUUGAAUAAUUAUAUUAUCCAGGAUUCAGACCAAAAUUGUUCUUCUAGUUCCGACAUGUUUAGAGAUUCUUUGGAAAGUCAAGAUAAAAUCAUAGAUAGAGAAACUUAUAAACUAGUUGAAAAAAAUAACCUUAUCAAUGAUAAAUCGGCAGAGAAAUUUUCAUUAUUACAUUCCCAAAAUAAUGAUGUUUUAAAAACUUUGAUGAAAAUGAAAGAUAACACUAUCUUCCCACACGGUAAUGAUUUUUCAGAUAUUUUAUUUAACAAAGAAUAUUCAUUAUGUAAACAAAAUUGCAAUAAACUAAGGAAACAGUUAACCUCCAAAUCGAAUAAAUCGAAUAAACACGUAAUUGCUCCACAAACUUCUGAUUUGGAUUUUGAUCAUGAAAGUUUUAUUAUUUCGUCGAAUCAGAUUGACGAUGCUUGCUCUCCUCAAAAAGAUAGUGCUUACGAUACUUAUCAAUUGAGUGCAGAAUGUAUAUCAAUAUCGAAUUACAUUGAUAAAAGUGAAAAGAGUAUAUUUUCUAAUCAAAAAAUCGAUAAAAUUACUCCUCAUCAAAAAGACACGCAUGAUAUAGAAUUUCUUACCUCAGAUAUAAGCGAAAAAGAUUGGAUUUUAAAUCAAGAUCAGCAACUGUGUUUAUCUUUUUCACGUCAAAAAAGCGAUAGUAGCACAAAUAACGUAAAAUCAUAUACACAAAAAAGACAUUCGCAGAAAUAUUCACUCGAAGAAUGUGAGGAAAGUAAAAGAAAGAGAUUAAAAUCUGUUCACGGAUUAACUGUAACUGAAGUUUAUGAAGGAAAGGACAAAAAGAUUUCAUCGGAAUGGUUGAAAUUCAUACUCGAUACUUUAAAUGUGGACGAUGUUGCUUUUGAAUCGGCAAAGAUGAUUCUUUCAGUUUUUCAAAAUGAGAGAAUAGGGAAAUUGUAUAUGAGAAAAAGAUGUUGGAAAGAUACUUUAGAAGAGCAAGCUUUAAAUGCAAUAUUGGAUUUUUGUGACAUUUCUGAAGCUAAAUAUAGAACUAAUGCGUAUACACAAGAAAUUGUACAAAUAAUGACAAGUAUAUUGGAUGAAAAUAUUGAGAAUAUUCGACUAAACAAGGUUACGAUACAGACUUAUCAGAUCACCAUUAUUUUACAUUUAUGCACUUCUAUGAGAAUUUGUAUCGAAAUAAUAAAUUAUCUAACCACGAAACUGAAAAUCUACGAAAACAUUUUAAUUUCUCUAGUAAAUAGCAAAAAAGCUGAUGUACAUAUUAUAAUAAAUCAAUUGCAUAUUAUAUUUUAUAUUUUAACUAGUUGUUUACAAAAAUAUCGAUUAAUCUUUAGAAAUGAAGAAAGAGAUCAAUCUGACGAAGAAAUAAUACCAUCUGUAAUCGAUUUAUGGAAAAAACAAUUGAAUUUCGAAAGCACGAUAAUGGAAGAUAGCAAGCAAACAAGAGAAAGAAGAUGGUUAAUGAUUUUGGAUGACUUUACAGUAAUUGCUACAGAAAAUUUUGUUCAAUUUGCUAAAAAAUCACGAAAAUUAGUUAAUUUAUUAACUUUAUGAUUAAAUAAUUUCAAGCGUAAUUUUAACAUAUUGGAGUGUA